GUCAAAGUUGUCAAAUAAGGGUGCAACUUGGUCGAUUGGGUGACGAUGCCUGCGUAUAUAGGCCGUGGACAGUAAAACAAUUUUGUAAAAAUUCAAAAAACAAUGCAAAUUAAGGACGAAAGUAAUCUGUGACUAAAUUUCCUGACAUGUUGCCAACAUUGACCACUUAUAAUCGAUUGGAUGGUCCGAAACCUUUAUUUCGCAUUCCUUUCGGAAGGAUUGCUAUAACAGUAGUGAGUUUGCCACUUAGUAGUUUUAUAUUCUGUGUAAUUUGGUCGCUGCUCUUUGAGUUUGAACGUUCAACUUCAACGCAUUGUGAUGUACCUAAUUAUUUACCCUCCAUAUCGGCAGCCAUUGGAAAUUAUGAUCCUCAGAAAACCGUUUGGCGUUUGGCAAUUACAUUACAAUUGCCAGCUCGCUUAGCCGUUUCAAAAAUGUAUAUGCAGUAUUAUAAAGAUACGAUAAGGCGUAGUCGACGUACACUCGCCGUAAUUGCUUGCCUAUUAAAUAUGAUUGAGAAUUUUGCACUACUAAGUCUGUCACUAUGGACAUCGAUGGAUAAUUACCCGAUUCAUCGCAACUCCUUUGUUGUUUUUAUUGCCUGUAGUGAGAUCUACAUGCUUAUCUCUUACUUCCUCAUUAAAAAUGGACGAAAGGUUCCGCUUCUGCCAAUGGAAGAAAAAUCGUUGUUAUACAAAAGAAAUUUGUUUAUAAUAAACGUUACAGCCUUUAUUUUGGCUGGGUAUUGUUUUAUGCGACAUAAUUCGCUGUGUGAGCCGGGUGUUUAUACAUUCUUUGCGCUUUUCGAAUACGUCGUGGUUCUGACGAAUAUGGCCUACCAUAUGACAUCAUAUUGGGAUUUUCAUGCUAUGCAUGUUACAUUCGACUGGGAAAGAGGGCUUUAUUUAUCACAAUUUUAAUUAAGUAAAAAUUCUUAGAAUACAUAAAUAUUUUUUUUUACUUUAUCAUGUUAGUAAAUAGUAAUAUGCGAUUGUAAAACUGAGUGUACUAUAAUUUUAAGUCAAAAAAAUACUUAACUUUACAAAUGAAAGCUUAUUUUUUACGCAAACUUAUACGAAUUUAAUGCACGCUCAAAACAGUACACAUGUGUACAAUCUAUGUACGUAAUAUUUUGCUCAAAACACUUAAAAAGUACGCAAGUAGAUAGCUAAUUCAAUAAAACAAGCUGAGAUAUUAAAUAUAUGUUAAUGUUUUUUUAUAA